GGAAAACAGAGAAUAGUUAUUAGAGUGAGAGACACAGUGAGAGAGAGAGGGAUCGGAUCAUCGGAGAUGUGUAGCAAAACCAGUCCGGUCGGAGAAGAAAAACAGAGUACGACGAGAACAUCGAAGAGGAUCAAGAAGAGGAAAGACAGAGAAUCAACCACCAUGGACAAAUCUCCUUCGAAUCUUGAAAAGUCUCGUAAGGUCAGAACAAAGACGAAGAAACCCAAAUUUCUCAGUCUCAAGCUCGAACUCAACACAUCUCACGAGAUCAGCGAGGAUCCCGCAACCACGAAGAGCAAGAAGAAGAAGAAGAAGAAGAAGAAGAAAAAUCUAUCGAAACAGAGCAAGACGAAAGGAGCUGAUAGUGAUACGACGCCGUAUAAGGAGAAGAAGAGAGCGGAGACUCUGGUCGGAGAGAAAGAAGAAGAGCAAUACGACACCGUUGCAGCUUACCUCUUCAAUUCCGCCACCGACAGCACAAUUUCUUCGAUCCACGAUCUCCUCCCUUCCUCCGCCACCGAUGUCGAUUGCGGCGGAGGAAGGAAUCUGUCUGCGUACGAUCGUCAGGAGCACGGUUCUUCGUCUUCUUCGCUUCUACGGACUGCGAUGAGGAAAGGAGCGAGCGAGGAGGAGGAGACGACGGAGGAGCGGUGGGUGAGUUACUCGGAGGUUGUGGAGGAGGUUAUGAGUCGGAGCGGAACUCCACGUUGUUGCGGUGGCGACGGAAACGAUGGACGGCCUUCUCUGGCUUUGAAGCUUGAUUAUGAGCAGAUCAUGGAGGCUUGGUCGGAUAAAGGUACGCUUUAUGUCGACGGAGAACCGCCACAGACGGUGCCGGACUUGCAUGCUUCUGCUGAUGCGUUUACCGGCGGCGGAGAGGCGGGGAGUCUAUGGGCGGUGCCGGAGAUGGAGACGACAGAGAGGUUAUGGAGAGGGCAUAGAGAAGCGAGCUUGCUCCGGUAUAAAGAGAAACGGCAAAACCGCCUUUUCUCUAAGCGGAUUCGAUACCAAGUUCGUAAACUCAACGCUGAGAAACGCCCUCGUAUUAAAGGCCGCUUUGUGAAGAGAGACGAUUCGUAAACCACUAAAACCUGGUGGUUUGUGGACAGAAUAGUCUUCGGAAAAUAACCAAGUGGCGGAUGUUUGGUAUAUUAUAUUUUGUAACUUUUUGAGAAGGUAAGGCCUAACCGGAGUAUACCGAGAUAUGAAAGUGGGGUUGGUCUGUAUAGGGGUCUUGACCAGCUCGGUUAUGCCAAAGUUUCGGUUUUGUUUGCCCAUUUUAGUUCUAGUUGACUAAUUUGUACGAAAUCAUCUGAACAAUAAUAAUAAUAAAAGUGGAUAUCAACGAUGAGUUAUUUGAUUGCA